AUGGCCAGUCAAGGAGAAACGGUUUCUUCUCCGAUCUGUGUAUCAAACAGGAUCGCAUCAACUGGUCUUGUAGGUUUGGAGGUGGGCGCCACUUCACCCGUGAGGGACCGGGCACACCAGGGCGGUGCGCGUGUGAGGUUGGACCGAGGACUCAGGGAGUGUGAGGAUGCUGGUGAGGUUCCUUGCUUUAACACUCGGAUUGGGGCGAAGACCACUCUGUCGGCCAUAUCGGAACUACUUGAGUUGAAAACCGAUGCUGGACUCUCCCUCACAGAAGCACAGGAGUGUCUUGUUCGGCGGAUCAACUUUAUAAGGAGGCAUUACAUCUAUUUGCAUGCAGCAUAUAUAAUGCUGAUUGCUCUUACUGGGGCCACUGCGCUAUGUUACACCGAGGACAAUCUGGCCUUCGUCGACGCCCUGUUCGCAGCAAUGUCUGCCGUGUGCUGCUGUGGGCUGAGCACUGUGGAGGUUGCAGAAUGGAAAGCGGAAACGCAUGCCUUCCUCCACGUAAUGAUGCUGGCAGGUGGGGCGAUCUUAACAAGUGCCUACCAACCCCUGCUCCGGUUGUGGGCGGUUAGUAAACUCUGCCCGAUGCUCGAAGGAGACACAAAGGAUUCUGAUGGUGGAAACGCGCUUGGAGGCAAUUACCUGAGUAAAUCAAUGCGGUUGUGGUACGCGUCCGCAUUGUGUGUCGUCACGACGCUUAUGUAUGUGAUCCUCGUGCACAUAAGCCUAGCGUUCUUUCUCGGAAUGUUCAAUCGAUCAAAUUUGAGGGUUCCCGAUGUUGUUCUGCUGGCGGUUGCCUCCUUUCAUGGCGCUAUCUUUACUCCCAUGGAGCCCUAUGUCGAUGACCCGGCAGUUGUAGCGGUGGCCAGCGUCGGCUGUGCACUGGGGUUUACGAUGUUUCCCGUGCUGCUGCGCUGUUUCCUGCGCAUGGAGUGGUUUUUCUUCAGCGGUGUGAAACGGCUUUUUUCCAGCUUCAGACAGACGUCAACUGUACGACAACGAAGUCUCUUUCCUGCGGAUAAUGGUGAGGAGGCGGCGCUCCUCGGUUGCGUUGACGUGCCACUGAAGAAAGGUGCUAAGGAAGGCGAGUUCGAAGGUGGAGUUAAGGGAUACAGCACGUGGGACAGGGCUUUCUGCGACAUCUUAAAAAGCAAGCAACCCGCGUCGAUGCACACAUUUUUGUUCGACCUGAGGGAGACUGUCUACUUGGGCGUUGCUUGGGUGGUCAUCACAGUUAUAGCGGCGGCCCCCUUUUGGUUUCAGCAGUGGAGUGGCGAUGGCCUACUGGCUCCAUAUUCAGCACCAUACAAAGUGUUUCUUGCUCUCUGCCAGGCUGCUAUCGUUCGGUUUGGUGGUGCAUCUUUUCUAUCGUGCUUGGACUACAGUGACUCUCACAUUGCGAUUACGAUAAUGGCGAUGUAUGUGCCUCCCAUACCUGUUCCGACGUAUCGUGUCUAUAAGAAAUGGAAGUCGGUUCCUCUUGCGUACGCCAUCAGACCAUUCACCUCGCGCAAAUUUUGGUUAUUUGUUGCCGUAUUUUGUAUUCUUAUCUUUGAGGAGGAGUGGCCAGAUGGUCCGGACGCUCCUUACUACGACAUGAUAACCCGAACAAUGUUUGAGGUUGUGAGUGCCUUCUCGGGUUGUGGAUUAUCACUUCCUCCACGGUGGUCAGCACUCUCUUUUAGUGGGACACUGGGUGUUUUCAGUAAACUCGUGAUAGUGGCGGUAAUGUUUGCUGGCCGCCACUAUACUGUGGAUUUCAGCAUUGAUAUUGGUUUCAAUUCGCUGCCGUGA